ACGUCAAAAUGUAUAAAAUGAAGACGAUUUUGCUAAGUGUGAUUUUGAUCGAAGCAAGAAAUUGAAGUGAAACGCAGCACAAUACGAUUGUGUGAGCUUCUGUUUGAACAGGGAUAAGAGAAAAAAAAAUGUGGUGGUUGGGAAGAAAAGGACCUUCUGGAUUCUCAGCUUCUUCUACUGCCGAGGAAGUUACUCAGGGAAUUGAUGCCACUGACUUCACUGCCAUUGUUACAGGGGCAACAAGUGGUAUUGGUGCUGAAACUGCACGCGUGCUUGCAUUACGCGGUGUUCAUGUUGUUAUGGGGAUCAGAAAUAUGGCAGCUGGGGGGGAGAUCAAGGAAAGAAUACAAAGAGAUAACCCAUCUGCAAAAAUUGACAUGAUGGAGCUGGACCUUAGCUCACUGGAAUCAGUUAGGAAAUUUGCAGCACAAUUCAAAUCUUGUGGUCUUCCUCUGAAUAUACUUGUUAAUAAUGCAGGAAUCAUGGCAACACCAUUCAGGCUCUCCAAAGACAAUAUAGAACUACAAUUUGCAACAAACCAUGUAGGUCAUUUUCUUUUGACAAACUUAUUGCUUGAAACAAUGAAACAGACGGCUAUUGAACAAAGGAAGGAGGGAAGGAUCGUGAAUGUCUCAUCAAGACGUCAUAAAUUAUCAUAUCCUGAAGGGAUUAGAUUUGAUAAAAUUAAUGAUGAAUCAGGGUAUAACAGUUUGUCUGCAUAUGGGCAGUCAAAGCUUGCCAAUGUUUUGCAUGCCAAUGAGCUUGCCAGACGGCUUAAGCAGGAAGAGGGCGCAGAAGUAACUGCAAACUCAGUUAGCCCAGGACCAAUUGCCACCAGUCUAUUUCGUCAUCACAGUUUAAUAGAUGUGUUUGUUGGUCUACUUGGUAAAUAUGUGAUGAAAAAUAUCCAGCAGGGAGCAGCAACUACAUGUUACGUUGCAUUGCAUCCACAGUUAAAAGGGUUGAGUGGCCGUUACUUUGCGGAUAGUAACUUAGCUGAAGCAAGUUCACAAGCAGUUGAUCCAGAGCUGGCAAGGAAACUGUGGGAACAUAGCUCAAAUUUGGUCAAAUCUUGAUAUUAUGUUACCUAACCAAUAGAGACUAAUAUAUGACAGUUUCUUCCUCAUCUUAUCAAAUUUCUCCUUGCACCCAUCAUUCUGAAUUUUAUUUUCCAUAUAACACUAAAUUAUUAUAGAAAAUUUUAUCCGGAAUAGGAGUGGUGAGUGUCUUCCGGAAAUAUGUUUCCGAAAUCGAUUUAGUGCGUUCUAAAAAAUAGAAUCCGGAAUGAUGGGAUGUUGGAAAAAAUUUGAUAGAUGAUGGAAGAAACUGCCCCUAAAAUUAUCAGACGUAAGAAUGAUCCAUUAAAAAUUGAACAUGUUAGAUAAAUAAGUCAGUUGAUAUCUUAUCAUAGCUAGACUCUGACAAAAAAAUUCCAAUUAGUGUGAGAUGUAUCUACAGGUAUCUGAUUAUGCUCCAAUUUCACAUGGCUUAAAAGUAA